AUGCGCUUCUCUACAGCAACCGUCCUUUCAGCCCUUGCGGCCCUGGCCACGGCCUAUACCCAGCCCGACUACAGCAAACCGCCCACGGGGAACCCCAUCUCCUCGCCUGGCCUGAACGAACAGAUUCCCGAGGGCAAGCCCUUCACCAUCACCUGGGACCCGACUACUAAGGGCGACGUCUCGCUGGUGCUGCUGCGCGGUCCCUCGUCCAACGUCCAGCCGCUCGAGACCAUCGUCGAGAAGAUCCCUAACUCGGGCUCCUACGUCUGGACCCCCGGCACCAACCUCACCCCGGAUACCACCCACUACGGCCUGCUGCUGGUUGUUGAGGGCACGGGGCAGUAUCAAUGGUCUACUCAGUUCGGCAUCUCUGCGCCCGCUGGCUCUAGCCCGGGUUCUGGCUCUGGCUCUGGCUCUGGCUACACCACCACCACCACGAGCACCACCUCGAGCACCACGACCGAGUCCACAACCUCCACCACCACCACGACCACCAAGAGCACCACUACUACCAGCUCCUCGACCGAGUCCACCACUAGCAGCACCACCACCACAACCGCGGUGACCACCACAACCGCUGCUUCAGCCCCAACCACCACCAUCACGACCGUUGUCAUCCCCAAUCCCUCCAACACCGCGGCGCAAAGCAGCACCCUACGCGCGACCACCCCGCCCUCACCCACCACGCCCGCCAGCCCAACGACAACCCCCUUCAACGCCGCGGGCCGCAACGCCGUCAGCGUGGGCGCCGCCGCCGUGGCCGGUGUGCUUGCUUUCGCCAUGGCCUGCUAA